CCAGCAGUGACGACUAGCGGGAGUGUGAGAGAAACGAAAUCCUCCCGUUCGCUCUGAUGACAGCACUUCUGUUCCCGUCACUGAGAUAACUGUGUAUCAAUGACAGAUGGCUGGACAAAACUCGGAAAUCGAGCUUGGUUUGAUCAAAACUGGAGAGAGAAGCUCUUUGGUAAAAGCUGAGGUAUCCAGCAUAGCACCUGGACGGCUCUCACCCAUUCCUGAGCUGGAUCCCUGGGAGAGAGAAGCAGAAAGCAGCUCUACAGAAUUCACGUACUCCUUAUGCUCGGUGGACAGGUACAGCACCGCCUCCUCCUCCAGCAGCUCUCUAUCUGACUCCCAGGAGAGAGGAGAGUUCUGUGCCGGGAUUGUGCUGAAUUGUCUCUUCUGCCGAUUCUACGACUUGUUCCUCAUGCUACCUGAAACAUGCGAGCGUGCUGCUAACUCCAUCUGCCCUGCCUACAUGCUUUUCUCUCCGCCCGCGGAACCUGCGCACAAUAACACCUGGAACUGCAGUUGUGAUUUUGACUGUGGCCUUAUGGACGCCUGCCACGAAACGGGGGAAUGUCUUGAACUAGCGAUGGAAAUUUCAGAGGUUUGCUAUCACUGAGGUACCCGCAAAAACGAAGAUGCUGGGAGAAAACUUUACUAUUUCACAUCACUUUGGAAUGAAAAUGUGAUAACAUGACAAGCUACUGUUAAUGAUUUCUGCACAACUAGUAACUAUUUUGACUCUUAUAUCUAACAUAACCAAGCCCUUAAACUUAUGUCAUUGGUUAAAGGGGUAAAGAAGUGCUUCCGAUUUGUUGAGGUGAGUGGCUUUCACUUAAAUAACAUAAGACUUCCUGUAAAACAGGCUUCUCGACAAAAAGUGUGUUUUGAUACACUAUCGAACUGAUCAAAUACUGAGAACAGAAAUAAACUCGCAAGCACUUUCAAGUUUGGCAUCGAAAGGCCGAUGAAAUGAUUCUAUCAGCUUUACUAGGUAAACAGUUCUACACAAUAACAGGCCCUUGUGUCAGCGUAUGUCGAUUUUUAUCACAAUGAAGAGCGAAGUGGAGAGAAAAAGCCUUCAGUGUGUCCCUGUGUAUAUGGCUUGUUUAAACUAGAGUGCAGUUGUUAACAGUCGGUUUGAGACGGUGUUUUGUAGGACACUUGUCCUUCUAGGGCCCAUCAACCUUUGUUCUUCGUUCAGGAAGACUGCUCUCUCGAGUGCACGGCGACGGUGUAAUAGAUCGUUUUUGUCAGUGCCAGGCUCUCGUCACGUAAUGGGGAAAGCGACACUUUUGUGCGUGUGUUUGUGUGUAUGUAAUUCAGGCGUCUAUUUCAGGGAGAGGUCAAGGUAAGAGAACGAUCACGCCAGGCAGUGGGCUGGAGUGUUAUUGUGUUAUCUUGGCUUGCUAAACAUUUGUUUUCAGUUAUCAGAUAGAGAUACUAAAGGAGUAACUGGGUUGUUCAAACAAUACAAAAACCUCAGAGCGGUAUGCCAAGAAGUGCUGUAAUAGUGCUUUUUCCUGUGUAAAACAAAAAGUCAUGGCAUAAAAUAUGACUUAAAAAUAUGAUUUGCUGGAUUGCUGGGUUGUCGCAAUGAGCACUUUCGCUGGAUUUACCAUAUUAGCAGCAUUAUAUUUUCAUUUGAUUUAAGGCCUUACUAGCAUGUAAAAUUAAUAACUACAAGAAAAAUUGUAUAGGCUGACAUACAACAUAUGUAUCAGAGGCCAAAAUUGUUAGAACACAUUAUCACAUGCUCAAAAGGUUACAGUUGUUUUUGUUGAAUUGGCUAUUAUAAUAACCAUAAAACUAAGUGUUGCCGGAAAUACCUGCAAUGGAAGGAAUUUGCUGCACUAAAACAUUAACAAUGAUGGACUGACCCACUCGAAGUCCGAAUCCCAUCGAGCAAAUUCGGGCCAAAUAAACUAGACAUCUAUUGUACAUUUAAAGGAAAGCCUUUGACAGAGCUGCAGAAGGCUCGGGAUAACAGUGGUUUUGACGUUCUCAGGAAAUAAAUGUACUGACACUGUACCAGAUAGAUGUGCUGCUGUAAUUGCUGCAAAAGGUGGACAUAAAUAUUAAAAAGUAAAAAGUGGAUAAAGAUUGUACGACUCACUUCGUUUGAUAUUUAUUGUGGUCAGAGCAGCCAUCUGCAUAUUUCAUGCAAAUUAGGAAAUUAAAUCAUGCUUUGAAUGCAAAAAAAAGGGCAAUAUGUUCAGAUCUGUCAAGUGUUCUAACAAUGUUGGCCCCUAUUGUGAUUUCAAAUGAUGAAUCACAAUUGAUCACAUUCAAAAUAAAAGUGUUUAAAUAAAUAAUACAAGUGUACUGUAUAUUUAUUAUAUAUAAA